CAAGUCGCGGGUCUUCCGCCUUGAGACCAAGAUAUGUUCACAGUGGUGGUUGAAGGAAAAAGGUGUAGCUUCUCUUGUCAGCAUGCGAUUAGAAACCAAACGAGCAGCCCGUUUUCGUGGACUCGCAUCACUUUGGAGGAGUGCUUGAGAUAGCUGAGCGACAAGCAAAAAGCAUUAAAUUUUCCGUUCUCGA